AUGCAACUUCGGAUUUGUUGUCACAUUAUAAUCUGUCAAUUGGACUCUUCCACCCGCUAACGACGAGCUUUGAAUGCACGUCGCUUACGUCGGGCUGGUAUCUCAACGUCAGCAUGAAGUCGGGGGCCAUGACCCUGAUCAACUUAGCAGAUCAUGACUGCCCCCAAAUCUAACGAUGAAGACGAUCCCUCGGGUCCUCAGACUCAAACUCAGACUCCGUCCAGUUCUCCUGAGAAGAAACACACCCCUAGUGCUUCCACGGGGUCAGCACCAGUCCGUAAAGCUACUACACCUGGCAAAGAUGGCACUACCAGAGCAACACCGGGCGCACAGCGCCCGCGGUCCGCGACCACAAGGUCACAUCCUACCCUUCUCAGUGACUUCCUGUUGGGCCGGCCAUCUCCAGCCCGAGUCGCGGCGGACAGACAAGCGGCACGGGAAGCAGCCCAGGCGAGGCGGUUAAGUUUAGAAAUGGUGAAGCAGGAGAUGCGCCAGGCGGCUGUUAUGCGAGUCCAAGCGCCAGGUGGCGUCCAUGACCGAGUUAAAAAAUGGCAAAAGGCGAAUCUCGCAGCCAUGGCCAGCGCUGAUCCUUUUGCUACCCCGUCGGAACCGAGUGAAAUGAACAUACAGGUGGACGAUGAAAGCGUGACCGAAGAAGACCGAAUGAGAAUCAAGGCGCGACAAAAGAAACCGGCGCCUAAAAUUAUAACUGGGCGCAAGACCGAAGGUGGUGAUUCUAGCAAGGGCAGCCAAGAGGAUCUGAAACUUUCGAACCCGCCUAAAAAGCGUGUUGUCAGUGAUACAAAUUGGAUGAAGAACAAGAAAAAGGGCCCGUCGAGGAGUCGAUCGCCAAAAGCGAAGGCAAACGAGAACAACGGUUCUCCCUUGCCGAAAGAUUUUCUAGCACGCACCGCCGCCAACCCUUCCGUCUCCAAAAAGGUCAAAGACUGGGCUAGUAAAGUCGAGGUACCCAGCGAGGUAUCUAGUAAUCGCCAUAGUAUACCAGGACGGCCCAAGUCAUCGUGCAGCGGGGACGGAAUCCGAGUCAGACCUAUUCCUUCUGAGAACGACAAUGCGAGUGGGAGAUCGUCUGCUCGUAUUACGGUUAAGUCGAAUGACCUAAAGAAGACAAAAGAACCAGAAGGCGACGGCAUUCGCGUUAAACCUAUUCCAAGCGAAAAGGACACAGCAAGUGAAAUGACAGAGUCAUCUCGUGUUACAUCCGAGCCCUCAAAACCACAGACAUCGAAAGCAUACGAGGACGAUGGCAUUCGUAUCAGGCCUGGCCCGAGUGAUAAUAGUACGACAAGCGGGACUUCGGAUUCUACUCGUACGGUAGAAGUGCCUCUGCCCCUCAAGCAGAAAAGCCAGGAGGGCAGUACUCUCAAGCCCCAGGCAACACGGAAGCAGGCACAACACCACGAGAACUUCAAGAACAAAUCGCGCCAGGCAUCCACUUCAAAGUAUCAGGCCAGGGUCUCCUCCCACACUCAAGAAUCAGACGGCGCGACUACUGUUCGGGCAUCUUCAAGGCAAUCCUCUAGGAGACCAAGUACUCGUGGAACCAGUACUCAUAGGGAUCCAUCGCCAUCAGACAUGGAAGUGGUAGAAGAUUUGAAACCAGAAGGACUUCGAAUACCGACAAGAACAAGUUCGAAUAUGCCAUUGAAGAAAGAAAAGGAAGUGGAGAGACCUAUUAGCAAAGGUUAUGAAGACACCGCUACCGUGAUGACGGAGGAAGUAUCCGAUAGCGAAUCUUGGUCGAGUGACUCCGUAUCCGAUAUGCCAUUCAGUGAUCUGCAACAGACCCUAGCAGAUAUACCAGUCGGAUACUCUGCAUUCAGCGAGCUUGAUUUGGCCUCUGGUUCGAAAAGGCGAAAGGCUAGACCAAAGACCAAGCGACAGCCUAGUUUCAAGGGCGCUACUAACGUCUUGAAAAAGGCAUUGACAGAAGGCAAGAAGAUUCUUACAGAAAAGGUCGAACAUCCUAAGCCAGUUGUCAACCAACCACCCAACAUUGAGACGUGGUUGAAAGCCACGCUUGACCCUUUUGUUGAUUCAUCAUCUAUACCUGAACCCGAUCACAACCGAAAUCCAGAGGAUGAAUGGAUAGAUGAAAGCAAGACAAGACAUUCUACGCCAUCAAAGCCUAAGCCUAAGCCUGCUCACGUCACGAGUCCAUCCGAUUUUAGUAAAAGUGAAGGGACGGUUGAAUCAAGAGAAACUGAGAAACCCGAGCCUGAGGAGCCUAACAGAGCCGAGUCCACAACUCCCACCCCAGCUGGUCUGAAAAGGAGCCGGGCUACUCGACUCUCUUCUACCCCCUCUAAGAGUAGCAGUAAAAAGGGACUCAAAGAAAAAUUCAUCGACGCAUUCCGAGGGGAAUCAACCGGUCAUAGCCCCCCACCCCUGGAAUAUCCAAGUUGUCCUGAAGUCGUAGACCUCGACGAGGAACGCGAACAUGAGCACCGUGAGAGGCACCGUUCCUCUGGUGCCAGAAGGAGCUCAUCCCCGGACGAUUAUAAUUCAUCAGAGUCAUCUGAACUGACACAGACGGCACCAUCACCUAUUAGCAGUAAACGCAAACCUCCUACCAACGGCUUCCACGAACUAUCGACGAUCGUAUCUGAAGAAUCACGCAGCACAUUCCCUUCAGAACUAUCUUCUGUAGUGUCGCAGUCAACCAUAACGGAAAGCACUAACCUAACGAGAAGUUCGGCAUUGUCUCGUAAAAGAAGCCAGAAACCCCCCGGUCUCAAGAGGCGACUCACAAAGCAUUCAGAUUUAAUAUCGGUCCUAUCACUACCUGAUGAUGCUUCAGGGCCUCCCAGAACUAGAAGUCGUCGUUCGGCACGCUGUGUAAGGCGACCAUCUACCCGUCUCGGUAGCGCCACCAUAGAUGAGCUCCUACUGGAAUUUGAAGAUGACGAGGAUCUUUACCUACGAGAACUCAAAACUCUUGUAGAUGGCGUUAUUCCGGUCCUACUAACCCAGUUCGUAAAUAAAAAUAGCAGGGCACGUAAAGAUCUCUUCGGGUCCCCUCCGCAAAAGUACAAGGAGGAUACUCUAGAUAAUGCCGUCGUCAAUAUGGGCAUCGCCCUAGACAGCCUGAGGAAUCACCAUCGCCUAUGUCCUCCACUUAACGAUACCCACAGGCUCAUCGGAUGGCUUGAAUCAGUUCAUUCUAUUUACAACAAUUACCUUGAUGUAUGGCGUCUUGGUUUCCAAGGCAUCAUUGUCAACUUGGCCCCCAAAUCUUUUGAUGAUGCCGACUCUCUCAUCAAUGCAAUGCCUCGCAACGAGCAAGGCGAUGUUUUGAAUGAAGAUGGAGAUCGUAUCGAUGUUGCUCACCUGCUGAAACGCCCUCUUGUCCGUAUUAAAUGGAUCACCAAAUUCAUCAAGGGCUACCAAUCGAUCACAGGAACCAGGGGGCUCGAUGCUCUGGUUUCCAAAUGGGAAGUACUACAAGAGAAGGCUAAGCGACGUCAUAAGGAGGAAAAUGCCAGAGUCGUCGACGAAGACGCCAAAAACAGCGACACAUCUCGAACUAGGGACUUGAGGACGCUAGAGGCUCUCGAGAAUGUCAAGGUCGACCGUUUCCGACAAGUCUACGCCAAAGAUACCUUCGACUUAGAUCUGCGACAUUCGAAUGGACAACGGCUCGAGUGUCAAGUCGAACUCAUAAUUAGAGACAAUCAAGUAUUCAAAUCCGAUCCGGGAGACCUACUGAUCAGAGAAACUGGCAAUAGUGGACGUUCAUGGCUACUCUUUGCCCCCGUGCUUGGGGGUCGUUUUUCAGCUCGAACCGGAGACCACAAACACCAGCUAGUCGUCAUGAUUAGAGGCUCCCGGGAUGAAUGGUUCGAGCUUCUAUCUUUGACGACCGACAAUGAGGAACAGAUUGUAGAUUGGUUAAACAUGCUAGGACAUGCACCAAUCCCACCUGCGAUCCAAGAGCCAACAUCAUCGAUAUCGCAGCCAAUGGUUCCGUCACCAAAGUCCGCAGCUCAUGAGAUUCCAUUAGGCGAGAGCAAGCUUGGCCGGAAGCUUGUUCUCUCUCGAACUUCCACGAAACCCGUUGAGAACCUUGGAGAACCAACUACCCCUGCCUUUUCUCGUAACCAAAGCCCUCCAACCACACCGACUUCCACCCACCAAACCGAAGCUUCGACGCCAUCUCCGGAGAAGACACCGACGCAAGAUUCCUAUCUCAAAUACGAUCGUAGAUUAGAUGAUAUAGAUGAAGCCUUUUCACAAUCAUUUGAAGAUCACGAUGAUCCGACACUCAAGAAAUCAUCUCCGAAUAGCACCCCUUACCGCGAUGAUGGUGCACCUCCUCCCCCUGUCCAUCGGAAUUUUGGCUCCAAGAAAGCACCCGCGCUUUCGCCUCCAGUCGAUCAGAAAACAGCCCGUCUCAAGCGCCGAACUUCUUCUCCCUUAAAGCAUGAGUACCACCCAUCCGAUGUUUCCUCCGAAGGCUCCACGUCGCCAAUAUCUGGAUCUGAGGAUGAGGAUUCAGUUUCUGAUGAAUCAUCUGACGAUGAAUUGGAGGCCGUUGACAUACCAGAUACUACACCUGCUAUUAGUAUUAAGAAGGACAUCAAGAUUCCUACUGCAUCAAUCUACUCUGAAAGCAGCGCUAGCAUUCCCCCUUCCUUGUCCACAUCUCGAGAAGACGUGUCCAAAUCGGAAGUUAAGCAACCUGAUUAUGUCAUCAAAUCCGUCGCUUCUAUUUCUUAUUGGGAUAAUAAGCAUGGACGUUGGCAGGAUCUUUGGCCGGACUUGUGCUCUAUCGUUACAACGCCAGGUCUCAUUGAAGCAUAUCCUUACCGCAGGACGCACUCCUCCUCCGGCAGCGCAGGACAAGAAGAUCCACCUCUUAUCGCUCUAGAUCUUACGCCUCUAGUCAUGCUUCGAAAUAGCACAGUUGUCGACUUGGAGAUACGAUCUCCUGUCCUAAGUUAUUCCAGGCUCUACGCAAAAGUAGUCAAAUAUGAAACCUCGUUCUUCCGCUUCCGAGUUCAGUCCAUUCCCGACUGCGAAUCCCUCUAUAUGGCUGUUCACCAAGCCCGCAUGGACAACGCAAAAUACAAGGCACUCGAGGAGGAAACUCGCGUCAGAGCUUUUGGACAAUACCAAAGCCAGGAGGCAGAGGGCGACGGUAACAGUCAACGCCGAAGCUGGUUUGGUCGGAAAAACAGCUAUCGCGCCUCAGCGCGCGCUCCAUCGCAGUCGGCUGGCAGCACAUCACAGUCUUCGGGCAUGUCAGCAUCGUCCUUUUUGCGAAAAUUGAUGGGCGGUGGCAAUCAAUCUUUCAAUAUCGCCAUGUCCUCCGUGGACAGGCCAACCCGCUUCGGGAGUCGAGACGCGUCUCUAUAUACUUCAUCGUCAUCGGCUACACCUCCCCGCUCGCCUUCCGUCAGCGCGGCGAACAGCGGCAGCUCUAAAAUGAGCCUUACAACAAAUAACCUUAAGGUUCGGCUCCAUCUACUAAUAUCCGCCAGUAAGUGGGAGGACCACGGCAACUGCUUCCUCGAAGUGACAAGACCGGACCGAGGCACGAGGCAAAACCUUAGGAAGUACCAAGGAAUGGAGAAGCGGAUCAUAGUUACGACAAUCCCUAAGAAGGAUAGCGAUAAACCAGCAGUGGUCCUGGAUGUCAUAUUGGGCAGCCAAUGCUUUAGCCAACUUGGCAGCAGAGGUGUGCUUAUCAACGUAUGGGAGGAAGUGAAGGAUGAGAGUGGACAGACAGGAGUCGCGCCUCAAGGAGGAGGCAGCGGCGGCAACGUACGCAAAUGGUGCUUCCAAUGUUCGUCGGUUGCACAGGCGAGGUGGAUUUUCGGACUCGUUACGCAGGAGGUUGUGAUUGGUUGAUUAUUGGUAGAUACCCCUUUUUUCCAUUCGGCGAGACUUGAACGCCAACUAUUCCCAAAUCCCUUUUUUCUUGAAAGUUCAGUUUACACAACUCAUACACUCUACUAUUCGGUGAAUACACAAGUUAUCACAAUUUUUCUUUACGUCAUGAGGGAUAAGGCGAGGCGUCGGACACACUGCAUUAGAUGUCUGGG